CAAGAAGGAGCAUUGGACGCCGUAGUCGCGCUACAAAAAAUACAGUAAAUCAUCGACAAAAAAUGUCAGGAGUACCGUUGUUACAGACGCAACAAGAAAAUACUUCAAUAAACCCAGUGCAAACUAACGAACAUCGAAGCCUUUAUCGCGCUGCUUUGCACUAUGAUCCGGCAAACGAUUAUAGUACAGAUAGUUCAGUCGCUAUUGGACCAAUGAACGUAGUGUGUAUUCAUUGUAAGGCGUUGAAGUUUAAAAAUGAAACAUCUGGAUUAUGUUGUGCAAGUGGUAAAGUUAAAUUAAUUAAAUUAAAUUCCCCUCCCGAACCAUUGCGCUCAUUGGUAGCAGGAAGUCAAAGUUCCUCCAAACAUUUUUUGGAGAACAUCCAAGCAUAUAACAGCUGUUUUCAUAUGACUUCAUUUGGUGCAACACACAUAAUACGAGACAAUUUUAUGCCAACGUUUAAGGUUCAAGGUCAAAUUUAUCACAGAGCGGGCUCACUAUUGCCAGUAUCUGAUGCAGAACAUACGUUUCUUCAAAUCUAUUUUAUGGGAGAUUCUAACCUAGAAGCAAAUCAACGUUGUUUUCACUAUAUUAAUACGAAAAAGGAAAUCGUGCAACAGCUACAGACGAAGCUGCAUAAGAACAAUGAAUUAAUUAAAUUAUUUAAAACAGCUUUAGAAAGGAUGACAUCAGACAACCAUAAAAUAUUGAUUCGAGCUGACAAAACUCCGGUUGGCGAGCAUUCCCGUCGAUUUAAUGCACCAACAUUUGACGAUGUUGCAGUAGUGAUUGUGGGAGAAAAUUUACAAUCACGGGAUAUUGUUUUACACCGCAGAAGCAAUGAAUUGCAACGUGUAUCAGAAACACAUCGGUGUUACGAUGCUUUACAGUAUCCGCUAUUAUUUUGGCAGGGUGAAGAUGGAUAUCAUUUUACAAUCAAAAUGAUAAGCCCAUUAACUGAUGAGGAAACGAACAAAAUGGUUAGCUCGAUGAAUUUUUAUUCUUAUAGAAUGAUGGUCCGUGAGAAUGAUGAAAAUCACAUUCUGAAAUGUCGCAAACUGUUUCACCGGUAUGCUGUUGAUAUGUACAAAGUGUCGGUAUUCGUCCGAUGUCAGAUGAUCCCGGAUUUUUCUUUACAACGGUUAACAAGUGGUCGCAUCAAGAAUAUCGAUCUAAUAUUUUCAACGGACUUGGUGCCUUGUGCAGAAUCAGUGUAA